UGUCAUAUUUAUAGGUAUUGAGUAAGAGGCAAACGAUGGUGCGAUGAUCUUGGAGCAAAUGGAUGUGGACUAUCAGAUUGCUAAAUUGAUGGUUGAACUGUCAAGGAGUCAGGAUUAUGAGAUUGGUGAUGGCUCAACUGGUGUUGUUGUUAUGGCUGGUGCGCUUCUGGAGCUAGCUGAGCGAGUCACUGGUUCAAACUUGCAUGACUACUCUAUCCUCGAAGAUCGCAGUUUAGCUGAGAUUGCUGUGAAGGUGGUUCUUGCUGUUGCUAAUUUAGAGAGGAAGGAUGUUAAUUUGGAUUUGAUAAAGGUAGAAGGAAAAGUUGGGGGUAAGCUUGAGGACACUGAGCUUAUAUAUGGGAUUUUGAUCGACAAAGACAUGAGCCAUCCGCAAAUGCCAAAGCAAAUUUCAGAUGCUCACAUUGCUAUUUUGACUUGCCCUUUUGAGCCACCGAAACCGAAGACAAAGCAUAAGGUGGACAUCGAUACAGUGGAGAAGUUUGAGACUUUGCGCAAGCAAGAACAGGAAUAUUUUGAUGAGAUGGUUCAAAAGUGCAAGGAUGUUGGUGCUACACUGGUUAUUUGUCAAUGGGGUUUUGAUGAUGAGGCAAACCAUCUACUGAUGAUAGAAGAAACCAACGCAACAUGCAUGAUGCUUUUUGUUGAUGUAACUGCUGAUAGGUACCCUGGUGUUGAACAGUAUGCAAUCAGGGCGUUUGCAGAAGCCUUGGACUCUGUCCAUACGGCUCUUGCUGUGAACAGUGGAUUGCAGCUCAUCGAGACACUCUCAGCUGUAAAAUCUCAGCAAAUUAAGGAGAACAUUCCGUUCUACGGGAUCGAUUGCAACGAUGUAGGGAUAAACGAUAUGAGGGAGCAAAACGUGUUUGAAACACUGAUCGGGAAGCAUCAACAGAUCUUACUUGCAACACAAGUGGUUAAGAUGAUACUCAAGAUCGAUGAUGUCGUCUCCCCAUCAGAAUACUGUUGAGUGAUGUCUUUCUCCAAACACUCACCAUCAUGUUUGGCUUGUUUUUGCAACCUUAUUUAUGUAACAACAUUCCACAGAUGACUUUCACUGUGGUUAGGUGUACUGAUUUUUGAAUUUAUUAAGCUUGCGAUUUUCUUUCGACAUUCGAUGACUUGAGUGUAUUGAUUCAGGGACUUAUUUUCUAUCGGUCCCUCGUGUUCAAACAUUUAUGAGUAAGAAAAUAGGACUGUUAGA